UUCGAAGUGAAACCACCGCAAAUCAGUUCACCAUCGGAACAAUCUAGAAUGUGGAAAGUAUUAUUAAUAUCUCUGUUUUUUAUAAGCAGUGUGGCUACGGCUCCAAGUGAGGAUGGCCGAAUCCGAACAAGACGGGAUCCACAAUAUGACGUUGUUGUUUCGUCUCAACGCCAAGCUGACUGCUCUCUUGCGCUAACUUUCAUAAGAUCAGACAGUACCAAUAUGCCCAAGUUGACUGUACGAUUCGACAUCGACCAAACUCCAGCAGCGAACACACAUGAAGGCGAGAUUGUGUUGCAGCCUGGUUUGGAAUCGGAAACUUUGGAUUGGAAUGUUCCUAUUGGAUGGAACCCACCAUUUGUAGUCUCUGGUGUUUCGAUGUUAGAUGACCCAAAUAAUGUUGGUGACUUCAUCCAGGUUGGACAAAUAGUUCAGCACACUAUACCUGAUGAUGGUCCAUGCGUCAUGGCUAGUGCUAAACGGGAUCCACACAUGGCCACAUUUGAUGGAUUUCGCUAUAACUUCCAGGGCACAUGUUGGUAUACAUUGGUGAAGCACUGUACAGAAAACCCAGAAUUUGAAAUCAGCGCCAGAUUUGAACCUCUCAAGUCUAAUGGUCCGGAGAUUAAGUCACGUGCCACGGCUAUUAACGUCACAAUUGGGGAUGAAAGGAUCAGCUUGGAUAAGGAUACAAUUCUAGUGAAUGACCAACCAUACUGGGUGGCUCAACUAUCUGAUCGACCACGUAAUGCCCAUAUUGAUGUCAACAGCGACAGCAUAGUCAUUGAUAUUGCUCGCCUGAAGCUAGAAGUUGAGUGGGAUGGACGAAAACAUAUAUUCAAUGCCGCCAUCCUCAAUCCAGAAUAUCACGGCAAAGUAUGUGGUCUCCUAGGCAACGCAGAUGAAAAUCCCCACAACGAUCUACAGAAAAGAGAUGGGAGUACCACCCUUGAUAUCGAUGAGUUUGGUGCCAGCUGGAGAACUCCGGGCAUUAGGUGUGAUUACUAGAUAUGAGCCUUGAAAUCACGACUUAUGUCACUGCCUUGAAAUCAUGACUUAUGUCACUGCCUUGAAAUCACGACUUGUAUCACUGCCUUGAAAUCACAACUUAUGACGUCACUGCCCCGAAAUCAUGACUUAUCAUGCCUCUCGUAAAACCAUAAUUGAUUGUAUCCAUAUAUUCGAUAAUGCACGCUACUACAUUAUCUAUAACAUUAGCUUUUGUAAUAUAUAUUAUUAUGUUUUUAGACCAAAGUAUGAAUUAAAGCUAGGUCAAUCUAUAGUACUGUAUAACUAAUUGGAAAUAAAUGCAACUGUCAUAUAUUAAAUU